CAAAGACGUAGUUACAUUCCACGCCACCACAUUCACCGAAAUGACUGAUCUUGCGUAGUUUUUUUACUAGUUUUCCAUACUGUCCCUAUUCAAAUAUUGGCUUCUAUGCAUUAGCGAAUGAUCACACGGAGACAGGUAUGAACUGCUGAUAUAAAAAGUUUUGAAAAAUGGAGACUCGUGGAUCCACUGAACCACUAUUUACUGACAUUAAAGCUGUUGAGGAUUGCGAGCCAACUGAAAUUGAAAGUCUUUGUGUUAAUUGUGGUGAUAAUGGUAUUACAAGGAUACUGCUUACGAAAAUACCCUUCUACAAAGAAGUUGUCAUAAUGUCUUUCAGCUGUGAGAAAUGUGGGUUCAAAAACAACGAGAUGCAAAGCGGUGGGAAGGUGGAAGAGAAAGGCGGUCACAUUGUGCUGCGUGUCGCCAGCCCGAGCGACUUGAACAGGCAGGUUGUCAAGUCGGACUUCACUUCGGUCCAGAUCCCGGAGCUGGAGUUUGAGAUCCCGGCACAGUCUCAGAAAGGAGAAGUUACGACGGUGGAAGGUAUAAUUGACCGCAGUAUUCAGGGACUAGAGCAAGAUCAGGUUGUUCGCCGAAUACAGAAUCCUGAAGUAGCGUGCCAAAUCGAUACCUUCGUGGAAAAACUUAAAAAAUUGAAAGAGCUUCAAACACCUUUUACUCUGGUGCUGGAUGACGCGAGCGGGAACACCUUCGUGGAGAACCGCGAGGCGCCGCGCCAGGACCCCGCCGUGCAGGUCCGGUCGUUCGCCCGCACCAAGGAGCAGGACCACGCCCUGGGCAUCUACAGCGCGGAGGAGCGGGGGCUGCUCGAGCCCUCCGACCCCGGCAGGUUCCCCCUGGAGAGCCUGGAGAGCGAGGUGCUGCAGUUCCGCACCGACUGCCCCGGCUGCGGGGCCCCCUGCGAGACCAACAUGAAGUUGACCAAUAUUCCUUAUUUUAAGGAAGUAGUGAUAAUGGCUACCAAUUGUGAUCUUUGUGGCAACCGUAGUAAUGAAGUCAAAUCGGGUGGCGGUAUUGAGCCGAAAGGUUUGCACAUUGAAGUGAAAGUUUCUGGCGUCGAGGAUUUCAGCAGAGAUGUACUGAAGUCGGAGACGUGCUCGCUGGGGAUCCCGGAGCUGAGCCUGGAGGUGGGCCCGGCCGCCCUGGGGGGUCGCUUCACCACCGUGGAGGGCGUGCUCACGGCCAUGAGGGACCAGCUCACUCAGGGAGGGAUCAUGUUCGGGGACAGCGCCGACCCCGACGCCAGGCAGAAGCUGGACCGCUUCUUGGACCAGUUCGACCGAGCCCUGCGGGGAGACAUGCCCGUCACUUUGGUCCUGGACGAUCCCGCGGGGAACAGCUACGUCCAGAGUUUGACUCCUCCGGAACCAGAUAACAAGCUUUCGAUAAAUAAAUACGAGCGCACCUACGAAGACAAUGAAGAGCUAGGACUGAAUGACAUGAAGGUUGAAGGUUAUGAAGAAUCAUAAUAUGUUACGUAAAUUAUGAAAUGUUUAUUUUUGUUAUACAUUUAUUGUAAAUAAAGUUUUCACACAGAUUCCAUGUAAAA